AUGGCUUCUCAACAGAACGCGUCAGCACUAGUCACACCGGAGAUUCCCGAGGGUGCUGAUAAUUCCCCACCAGAGGCAAGCUCACGCGCAUCUUCGGUAGGCGCUGACCACCGCGAUAAAACCAACAACGCGAUUGAGGCCUUCGGCUUAACUUCCAUCUAUUCAGCGCUGUCCAGCCUCCUCGGCUCCGACAAAUUCUCCGAUAUGACCAUCCACUGCGGCGAUCGCGUAUUCAAGGCCCACCGUGCCAUCGUCUGCUCGCAGUCGGCUUUUUUCGACAAAGCACUGACGGGAGGCUUUUCUGAAGCUGCCACGAGCAUCAUCAACCUUCCAGAGGAUGACCCCGACGUCAUGGAGCGCUUCCUGGAAUUCCUUUACACCGGGACAUAUGACGUUGAAAAGCAUCCGUGGUCAACACUGGUGCCAGUUUCCAUGCUGUCUCCUGGCGAGAUCAACGAGGAACUACAUGCGCUCCCUGGCGUCAACGUUGCCGGCACCCCCGACGAAGACGACGAUGAUACAGCUGAGAGCCCGGCCCUGCCCGCGAGCGGAGGCACCAGAAGCAGAGGCAACGCUGGCGCCGAGGAACCCGAGGAGGAAUACAACGAGUUUGAUGAUGAAAGUAGCGACAGAGAUGAGGUUGGCCCGCUCUACGCAAAGCUCCUGCAGGCAGAGAGUGAGCCCGACCCCGAGAAAGGAUAUAGCCAGUGGCUCUCCGCGCUAGUCGACAUGGAAGACUUGUAUCUGCCCCUCCGCCUGUACGUCAUGGCUGACAAGUAUGAUGUGUCUGCACUCAAGCUCCUGGCUCGUGAACGGUUCUACCGUGCAGCGGAGAUCACAUGGAGAGAUGCCGAAUCUUUCCCCGACGUGGUUGAUGAGUUAUAUCGCACGACGCCGCCGACGGACUUGGCUAUGCGCGAGAUUGUCUGCCGUUUGGUGGGGUCUGGCAUGAAGGAGAACAAGCAGAGGGAGCGGAUGGAGGGGGUGAUGAGGAAGCAUGGGGAUUUUGCGGUGGGUGUCAUGAACUACAUGAUUCAGUUGGAGUCGCACAUUUGGACUUGA